AUGUCAGUGUACGCGUUAACCCGAGGCGUAGCAGCCAUCCUGUUCGCUCCUGCAAUAGGCCACUACAUUGACGUUGGGAACCGGCUGCAAGUCGUACGUGUCUCCAUUGUCCUCCAGCGGAUUGUGGUCGCUAUAUCGUGUAUUAUCUUUUACCUCCUAGCUACCAGCAUGUCGAUGGAAAGUGCGUUUGAGAAAGGAGCAUUGGCUGUUCUGGCGCUUUUGGCUUGUGUCGAGAAAUUAUGCUCGAUUAUGAACCUUGUUUCGGUCGAGAGAGAUUGGGUUGUUGUGGUUGCAAGAGAUGACCCUCGGAGCCUUGCAACCAUGAAUGCGGAGAUGAGACGGAUUGAUAUGGUUUGCAAGCUCAUCGGACCGCUCUUCAUUGCUCUGCUCGAUGGCAUAUCUACGGAGGCUGCUAUACUGGUCAAUCUCGGAAUGAACAUCUUCUCUGUGGUUGUCGAGUACUUUACGAUUGCGAGGGUUUAUGGAAGAGUGCCUGAACUUCAACAACCAAAGCAGAUACUAGACCCCGUGCCCCAAAAAAGUCCUCUGUGGAAGCGUUGUGGCGACCUGUUUAAGAAGAGCAUUCUCGACUUCAAGUUCCAUUUCCAUCAUCGUGCCUUUCUCCCGUCCUUCGCUGGUGCCCUGCUUUAUCUGACCGUGCUCUCAUUUUCGGGCCAAAUGGUAACAUGGCUCUUAUCUACGGGCUAUGACUCUAUGCGAAUUGGUCUUGCGCGGACCCUAUCAGUUGCCUUUGAGAUUCUAUCUACUUGGACUGCGCCUUGGCUUGUAGGUCGAAUUGGCCCAGUUCGAGCCGGCCUUUGGCUGGCCAGCUGGGAGAUCAUUUCCCUUGUCGCUGGGAUUUCCGCCUAUUGGGCCUUCCAAAGCCGAGCAACAGUUUCUGCUUCUGGCCUGGUUGGGGGUACGAUAGUUAGUCGACUGGGACUAAGAGGAUUUGAUCUAUGUGCGCAGAUCAUUGUUCAAGAUACCGUCGAGCCUGAAUAUCGAGGCUCAUUUUCGUCAGUUGAGGCAGCAUGGCAAAACGCCUUCGAGAUCUGCUCUUAUAUGUCUACCAUUGUCUUCUCCCGACCGGAACAGUUCAAAUGGCCUGCUCUUAUUAGCGUCGUUGCUGUCGGCUUCGCGGGGUUACUUUAUGCUCUAUUUGUUCUCAUCCAACGAGGGCAUCUAGUGCAUGUGCCCAAGAGUUUCGGUUUUUGA